AUGCGCGGUUCAGAGACCAAUCUGGGUCUCGCCAUAGCCGGCGCAGACCCAAGAAAUAACAACCUCCAAACGCCCGCCCUCAUUUCCCCUCCGGAAUCAAAGACCCCGCCGACUGCGACAAAGCGCAACCUCAGAUCCAACAAAGACAAUGCCAAGCAAUCCGAGGCCAUCGACCCAACCGCUUUGUCCAAGGCUUUGGAGAAGUUUGAGCACACCGGAAGGCAACGUGAGCCCACGCCGGGUUUGAGUCCGAGCAGGAAGAGACAGCGGGUGUAUGGCGACAGAUUCAUUCCCAACCGGUCUGGAGUAGACUUGACUGCCAGCUUUAGUCUUCUCCACGAUGAUGGAUCGCCAGCAACACCAUCCAAAACCAAAAGAACUCCCCACAACGAGCUCCAUUUCCAGAAAACCGAGGAGGCCAAUCGUACAUAUUCUUCUCUUCUCCGAUCGGAAAUGUUUGAUGACACUGUUCCUCAAGCCCUCUCUCCAACAAGGUCAAAAACACCGCCUGGUCGCACGUCGAUGCCUAUGCCAGCACUCACGCCAUCCACGCCUCACAAGAACCUCUUCACAUAUAUGUCUCCGCGUCAUACGAGUGUUUCCGGACAACCGACCCCGCACAGAACGCCUUCAUCCCGCCAUGGUCCCAAUCUCAACGCGCGCUCGGAAAUCUACAGUCUCUCCCCGGUCAAGUACAGCAGUCAGACCAUGUUGCUGAGUCCACGGAAAACUCCGAGAGCCGUCCCGAAAGUCCCGUACAAGGUCUUGGAUGCACCUGAGCUCGCAGACGAUUUCUAUCUCAACCUGGUGGAUUGGGGAAGCCAAAACAUCCUGGGCGUCGGUUUGGGUCAGUGCGUCUACAUGUGGAACUCGACUUCCGGCCGCGUGACGAAGCUUUGUGAGCUCCCAGACGACACGGUGACGAGCGUCAACUGGAUACAACGAGGCUCCCACGUUGCCAUCGGAACAAACAAAGGAUUCGUCCAAAUUUGGGAUGCUCAGACGCAGCGCCGCCUUCGCACCAUGACGGGACACACUGCGCGAGUGGGUGCGUUGGCUUGGAACGAACACAUCUUGACCUCGGGCUCUCGCGAUCGCCUAAUUUACCAUCGCGACGUCCGUCAGCCCGAUCAGUGGUUGCGGAAGCUCGUAGGGCACAAGCAAGAGGUUUGCGGUUUAAAGUGGAACUCUGACGACGGCCAGCUGGCAUCUGGUGGAAAUGACAACAAGCUCAUGGUCUGGGAAAAGCUCAAUGCCGAGCCGACAUUCAAAUGGGCCGAACAUAGUGCCGCUGUCAAAGCGAUCGCUUGGAGCCCGCAUCAACGCGGUCUGCUGGCAUCUGGAGGCGGAACGGCCGAUCGCACCAUCAAGUUUUGGAACACACUCAUCUCACCGCACGGCCCUUCAUCGGCUGCAGCUGCAGCUGCUUAUGCUGAGUCGUCAUCUUCAACCCCCGCCAACCUUCUCAGCAGUCUCGAUACCGGAUCGCAAGUUUGCAACCUCGCCUGGAGUCGUAACAGCAAUGAACUGGUUUCCACGCACGGCUACUCACAAAAUCAGAUCAUUGUGUGGAAGUAUCCAUCCAUGCAACAGGUUGUCAGUCUGACUGGCCACACCUAUCGUGUCUUGUAUCUCGCCAUGAGUCCUGACGGUCAGGUCAUUGUCACGGGUGCCGGAGACGAAACCCUGAGGUUCUGGAACGCCUUCAAGAAGAAGGAGCGUGCCGGCGGUCUUGGGACCGUUGAGGAUUGGGGUGUCAUUCGCUGA